GUAUAGGAGGUUGACGUUUGAAACCUUGAGUAUAGGACAGUAUCAGGGUGACAGAAAUGUGCAUAGACCAUUAAUGUUAUGGAAGAUUUCUACAAUUUUACCAGUGAAGGUGACUUGCUCACAAACUAUUCGACGCCCUACUACCUCCUACCAGAUGCUACCGCCUCCUACCCUGGUAUCUACCAGGAGCCGCAGAUACCAGGCGAGCAGGAGUUUGAGGAGGUGUGGACGGAAGAACAGCAGCGUCAGCAGGAGCAGACCAUCUAUUUUGCGUUCAUCACUAAUGGCAUAAUGCUGAACGUGGUGGCCAUUUUGGGGAUAAUUGGCAACAUUAUCUCGAUGAUUAUCCUGUCGAGACCGCAGAUGAAGUCGUCUAUAAACUAUCUGCUGAUUGGGCUUGCCAGAUGCGACACAGUGCUAAUUCUGACGUCCAUAUUUCUGUUCGGUCUACCACCUAUCUACGACUACACGCACACCGAACUCCUGCGAACUUACAACGCCAAGAUCUACCCCUGUGUGACGCCCUACAUCUUCCCUCUCGCUCUCACCGCUCAGACUGUCUCUGUCUAUCUCACACUCACUGUCACCCUUGAGAGAUUUGUGGCUGUGUGUCAUCCACUGAGGGCCAGAUCCCUAUGCACAUACGGCCGAGCCCGUCUGUACGUGACGUUGAUCAUAGUGUUCUCAUUUUUGUACAACCUGAUACGCUUCUGGGAGGCCAACGUGGUGCAGGAGACCAUAAUGGAGGACGGGCAAAAUAGUACAAUCUACCUGGUGGUUGCCUCUCCUCUGCGCAGCAAUCCUCUGUACAUCUCGCUCUAUAUCCACUGGCUCUAUCUCAUUUUCAUCUAUUUCCUGCCGUUCACCUCGUUGGCUUUCUUGAAUGCUGCUAUAUACCGACAGGUGCGGCGAGCUAACAGAGAGCGCCAGCGCCUGUCCCGUUUGCAACGCAAGGAAAUCGGACUUGCAACGAUGCUGCUGUGUGUCGUCGUGGUGUUCUUCCUUUGCAACGUGCUCGCCCUGGUCAACAACCUGCUAGAAAGCUUCUACGAGAUUCUAAUCGACGAACUGAUCAAACUGAGCAAUCUGCUCGUAACGAUCAAUUCGUCGGUGAACUUUGUGAUCUACGUGAUCUUUGGGGAGAAAUUCAAGAGGCUGUUUCUGAAGAUCUUCUGCUCACACAGCAUCUGGACGACGUUUGGAGGACGGGUCCCGGAUCUGAUGACUCAUGAUGAUAGUCUGGUGUCUAACGGCGAUGGCAGGUCGUUUUCGGUACGAGGCAACACCAACAAUAGUAUCCACAUGUGUCGUCUACACAGAUCCAGCACAGGGGUAAUCAGAAACGGCCCCAGUGGCUUCAAAGCAACCGGUUUCAACAAGGGCGGAGCAGCUAACAGCAUAAGGAUGCCCCGGGCCCUUUCGCCUGGCCCCUGUGUGUACUACCCCGCCAAGGGGCAAGCCCUCAAAUCGUCCGAAUGGGAAACUGAGAUUACCACCUCCACGUCCCUCAGCCAACUAUAGGAUUUGCUUGAAAGUGACAGGAAGGUGUCACUUAAAUCGACGGUUAGUCUUGAACUUAAGUCAACCAUUAGUCUUGAUGAUGAACUCAGUGGCAAAACUUGUGUUUAGUUUGUAAGAGAAUAAAGUGGCACUUAAAUCGACGGUUAGUCUUGAACUUAAGUCAACCAUAAGUCUUGAUGAUGAACUCCGUGGGAAAACUUGUGUUUAGUUUGUAAGAAAAUAAAGUGGCACUUAAAUCGACGGUUAGUCUUGAACUCAAGUCGACGGUUAGUCUAGAACUUAGCGGGAAAACUUGCGCAGUUUGUAAGAAGAUAAAGUGUCACUUAAAUCGACGGUUAGUCUUG